AAUGGAUUUAUCGUUGAAAGGCCYCACGUUUACGUGCUGACUGAAUUAACCUUGGAAUAAUUUUCUUAUCGUCGCAAGCACGCAACCAUUUUCCUAAAAUUCCGUUUUACUAUGCCCACAAUGCAUUUUUGAUGGUUAAAUAUUAAUGUAUCAAGUGCCAAUUUUACAGCUCGCUUUACGUGGUUUAAUCCCCAUAUUUUUACGAUAGAAUAACAAGAGAUUCUUUAGAAUCUAAAUACUAGAAGCUUUUCAAUGACGUCGUUUUAUGUUUACAUUGGACUUGGGCAUUUUGGGCGGAAUUUGUAUAUGCAUGUUUCUACGCAACAAGUUUUAUCGUGAAGAAUUUCUGAAUAUUCAACAUAAAUAACGAGUAUAUUUCUAGAUGUGACCGUAAAACCACUGCUGUCCAAGCUGGGAGUUUGUUGUUUAUUAAAGUCAUCGAGCCAUUCAACUCAAACUCGAGUGAAAACACAAUCAGUAUAUAUCAAGGUUGUUCUGAUUCAUCGAUGCUGUGGUCGUCAUGGGCACAUCUGUGCUGCAUGAUGCCAAACUAUGGCUCACAGGAUUUUGUUCAAUGCCAGACAACAUUAUUGAGAAAAUAGAGGAAAAGCUCGGCAGGUCACCUUACGAUAGCAAGAUACGAUGGACGAAGAGAUCGGCUUCAGAGGUCGACCUUCACGACACGCACUUAACACGACUUGAAAAGGAUCUAGAAAAACCUCGUACCGACUCCAAAUCUUCUUUGAAUGAAAGGUUUUCUUUAGUUGUYACUCACGCRAAAGCGAUUAAAAGCGGACUCAAGGAAAAAAUCGAAGCGAAAUUUUSUAGCAAAGCAAAGGAACGAGUCGAGAUAGAAAUCAGUUCAAGCAGUGGYUGUGAUGCAGAGGAUUACGAGAAAGGCUAUGACAUCAUUGAAGUCCAUAAUCACAUCUUCGUCAUUGGUGGAUCUAACGACAGUAGCGGCGAUCCUGUGUCGCUAGUCGAAGUGUAUGACUGCUUUAACAACAAAUGGCAGACCAUUAGUCCUCUUCCUAUACAAACCACUGCAUGUACUGCAACUAAGAUCCCUGGCAUACCAGCCAUUGUCGUUGUAGGGGGUUACGCUGGUUGGAGGGCCCUCAAUACUGUACAGAAAUAUGACUUCGUGACAAAAAAGUGGGAAGUGAUCGAGCAUAUGAGRAAGCGGCGAUGGGGAGGUCUUGCCCUGGGAACUGACCAUGGGAUUUUUGUCUGUGGUGGGUGUGAACAUGGUAGUGUAUUAAAAAGUGCAGAGUUGUACAGCGUAAAGAAGCGACAAUGGUAUACCUUAUGUCCYAUGCAAAYCCCACGGUGUAACUUCGGUGGAGCUGUGCUUGGCAAUAAAGUAAUWGUUGCUGGUGGAGGGUCUGGGUUCUACUUCAACAGCGCUAUGAGAUCUGUGGAACUCUUUGACGGUGUUAAAGGAAAAUGGACAUUCCUUCCUCCUAUGAAGCAAAGACGGUACGGGUGCUCUGCUGUGAUGCGAAAUGGACUGUUCAUCGUUCUUGGWGGGUGUGACGAAAUGGGACAAGAUGUCGACGAUGUUGAAGUGUUAAACGAGAAAACGAGAGAAUGGUCGCUCAUUKCACCUUUGCCGAUCCCUAGCUCACUAAGCAGGGCAUUAUUGGUCGAUAAUAACUUGGUUGUUUUUGGAGCAGACGGCGUUACUGACACAGCGUAUCAAUAUGACUUUGAUGAGGAGAAGUGGACGCUAUUCACACAGCUUCGUAACAGUAGGAACGGCUUUUCUGUGGCUAAUAUUGGAGUCUAGAUCAGCACUUUACUACUGGAUUAUGUUUUUCUCAUAAUCGAGCUUAGUGAUAACAAUAUAUUAUCAAUAAUAAUAUUAUUUAAUACUGAGUAGUUUAGUAUUUUUAACAAGUGAAGUAGUUUUGUUGUAGCUGUAAUAUAUAGUGCUUGCAAAUUCUUGGACAGUACUUCUUUCGGUAUCGGGCUAGAAUAUUGUUAUAAAUUUUCAAAUCAUGAUUAUUGUUUAUAUUUUUUUCAAACAUACAUUAUCAUUCAUAUAUUUUAAGAGUUGUUAUUAUUAUAGGGUUUAUUGUUGAGUAGUUUAUUCAGUUAUCGUUCAGAAAAACUUCUACUUAUAGCAGUACAAAUUACUGUGGAAGUGUCGUAGAUAGAACUAAAAAAAUAGCGAAUAAUCGCGCUUUGAAUGAAUGAUUUUGCCUCCGAGUAUUCUUACUCGUUGAAAUUAAUUUUCUUUUUAAAAAUAAACAUCAGUUCUAAUGUUUUUUUCACUAAAACUAAAAUUGUUAGUGUAUAAAAACGCUGCUUUGUAUUAAAGCUUGAAGCAUUACUUACAURACA